AUGUCCACCUUCAAAGGCAAUGUUUCCAUCACCCACAUCACGACUGCCACGGCGAUCAUCAACAUUGAUGGUGUGCGAUUCCUCACCGAUCCUGUAUUCUGCCCUGCAGGCUCUGAAUAUGUCUACGACGGUUGGUCCAAGGCCCCCAACCUUGGGGACUUCGGUUUCGAGGGUCAGCCUCCACCGGGAAUUCUACGCAGCUUUGACGGACCAGCCCUCCAAUUGCACGACAUUCCACCCAUUGACGCGGCCUUGCUCAGCCACGAAGAUCACGUCGAUAACCUCGACCCUCUAGGCCGCCAGCUGCUCAACGGCCGCCAUGUCUUCACCACACCUGAUGGUGCGCACAACCUCCAGCCACGCCCUGGCGUCGUCGGCCUUCGCCCUUGGCAGACCGUCUCGGCCAGACUCGGAGACAAGGAUUUCCGCAUUACCGGCACCCCCUGCAAGCACUUCCCUGGUGGCGAGGUGACCGGUUUCAUUGUCGAGUGCGACUCCUUCGGCGUUAAUGAGGCCGGUCUGCCCAAUGUGGUGUACUUCUCCGGAGAUACUGUGUGGAUUGACGAGUUGGCGGAGAUCAAGAACAAGUGGCAUGUUUCUGUCGCUGUCUUGAACCUGGGAAAUGCGCUAUUUGAGCACCCUAACGGUGUUCUGCAAAUUACCUUCGAUGGGAAGCAAGCUGCUCACUUGAUGCGUGUGCUAAAUGUCGACCAGAUGGUUCCUAUCCACUUCGAAUCGUGGCAACAUUUCACUGAGCAUCAGGCGGAUUUGGCAAAGGUCUUUGAUGACGAAAAGGUGUCGGAUAAGGUGCUCUGGCUUACUCCUGGCGACGAAACCCCGGUGCUGGUUGGCUAG